UAAUUAAUCAGGAGAUAAAAGUCAAAAACCAAUCAGUAGAUCAUGUAAUCUUGUUAGAUAAUUAUCUACAUUGAAGACCAGGAUUUCACCCUCGCUCUGAGAAAUCGUUUAAUAUAAUUAUUCCAAUGUCAAGAUUUGAUUGCGCGCAAUUAGGUAGAAUCUGAUGUAAUUAUACUGGGUAACCCUGAAAUACAUGUAUUAUGUAUGGAGGUAUGUAUAUUUAAAGUCAAGUCACGAGAAUCCUGACCCGAGGUCUUUAAUUGCAAUCGUAAUGGAAAAUUGUUGUGAAAUCAAAUUUGCUUCUAAAUGAAUGAAAAUUUUGUCGAAUCAAGAUGUAAAAAAAAAUUCAAUUCAAACACUAGAUUUCAUAGUGUUCCUAUGAAAACACUCCCUUUUGCUGCCUACGUUUUUCUUGCAUUCAAUUGCGGAUUAGGAAAGUUUCAAGCCUCGUCCGAAAAUGGAUCGAAAUUUUUUGAUUUUAUGCCGAUGUUUCGAGCAAUCAAUUCAUUUUGAAAAAUUUGGUGCUCGCCCUAUGAUCUGAGGAAUAACCUGAGAGAUGAUCCGUCGACCAGAAAAUCCUUGAGAUAUUUUAUUGUACCUCGAAUAUUUUCACGAUCGCCAAUUGGUCCGGGACAGAACCGUACCUUUGCGGUCUGUUGUUUCGAAUGUUAUUUACAUUAAUUGACAUAUUCACUGUGUAUUCGGGUGAUUGUGUAAUUAGGUAAUGCGGUCUAGAAGUAUUCAGCUUCAAAUCUAAUUAUCACGGAAGAUAUGUUUAAUGUUUAAUUAACGGAGGAAUUUUGCGAUGCAUUUCAUCCAUGCCAUCGCAUCUGACGUACAGAGGUGUAAUUAAAGUAGAUCGUUACGGAGUUCGCGUAACAGAAGUUCUCCGUUUGGAUCGGUACAGCAUGCAUCAAAUCUAGCUGUACGUGAUUUUGUGAAAAUUUGACCAGAUUAGAUCUCCCUUCAGAAAUCGAGGUCAACCAUUGACCGAAAUAAUGUACACCAAGGAAAUGUAUAUGUAUAAUUAAUAUUAGUGAGGAAGAUCGGCACUGAAAAGGGUUCGUUCUGAUACGCUCGUGUCCUCGCAACAAAAUCCACGUCCCUCAUCCCCCGAACCAUUGUUAUUAACAUCGACGGUAAGCCUGUAUGGCUUAGAAGGAUAAUGAAGAUACAUUAAUCUGAGCUAUUGUACACGAGGAUAUAGACGAGUAUACACGUAUAAAUGGUACAGAUAUACCAUCGUCGGCUACAUAUAUAUACGUAUAUAUACAAAUACGCAUGUGUUUACAUACGCAUGCCCGAGUACUCAAUCUGUAGGAAAUUGUGACAAUUUGGUGAGAGAGCAAGGAAAUUGCCACUUAUUUUAUUCCUAGGAGCAUUUUGCAGAGGUGUGGCAAAAGUUAGACUCUGACACGGGUCGAAUUAGCGGCAAAUGAAAUAACAUCACAUGGGAAACUGCAGGAUACGGGUGAGAAGUCGACAUCGGAUCAGGGAUUGAUGAAACAGUAAACGUUGAGAAGUUCCUAAUGCCUUUAUCUUGAGGCUCUACGGCUGUACUGAUUCUCGGAGCUUACUGAGAUUUCAUUUCGGAAUUAUCAAUCGCCACUCCGAGCUCAUGCACGACGUCUGUGAUAACCGUCAAGGAAUCCGAAAUCAACCUUGUUUAAGGCCAUUGUUCUCGGCUUGGUUAUGACCACACUCACCCAUGCGCAAAACCAACGGAGAUCCAGACGCGUGGAAGACGACCUGCAACAAUCUUACAUCGUGCAUUACAACAAUCAAGGUCAACCUCUGAGCGUCGCGGGAUUCGAAGACUUCGUUCGCGCACUCAACAGACAACGGGCCAGUUCUGCAGGCUCUUCCGCUUCAUCGUAUUCUGGAGAUUCGGAAUUUCCGCCUUCGGCCGCUCCGACAACCACGUUGAAGUUGACGACGACCGCUGAAAAUCCGACUCCCCAUCAGCCGAAACCCUUGGCGUCGGAAACUUCGACGACUCAGUCUCCCGCAGUUAUCUCAACGGCAUCCCCCGAGCCUGCAUACGUCAAUGUGGGCCCAACCGAGUCUCCGUCAAAGUUGCCACCUGAAACGUCCGAUGCGUUGCCUGUGGCGAAGGUUUCCUCGUCAACGGACAAGCCAACUUCGACCCUAGCUCUAGGACACGACACACCGUCAGCGAUGUCAAUUUUCCCUGGAGGACCUUCGAUCGUCGACGCAUCAAAUCUGGUUACACCCGGGGAGAAUCCACCGUCCAAGAUGACGGUUUCAAGCUUGGGAUUCCCCAGCGGAGCGAGCUUUGCUUCCAAGGUAAUUUCCCUGCAACCGGCUGGAAUCCAUACGCUACUGAAUUACGCAACCCCCUUGGUAGCCAAUCAGGGAUACGCAUCCCCCCAGCCAACGACGUACGUCCAACCCGUACCGAUGUACUUGCAAAAAACUUACCUGCAACCGGAAACCUCCAACUACGCACCUUAUCCGAAUCAAAAUCUCGUUAUCUCAGAUGGCACAAUACCUCUGCGAAUGGUUCGACACGAGCCUCAGCAAUUGAUCGACAUAGGCCAAGGUGUGGGUCAGGGAUACGAAUCUCAUACUUCUCAAGGAGUUCCUCUGACUUUGGGCGGAUGGGGUGGCGUUGAUUACAGCGGUCAUCGUUCGAUUCCAGAAGUGAAACCCGUCUUGGGCAUCGCCAAAUUAGGAUACGCUAUACCUGCUUCUUCGUCUGCCCUUUCCAAGAUUGGCUUCGGUGUUGGUUCUUGGUAACCUCUGGAACUCUGCCACUUCUCUGUGCUCAUCGGAUCCACGCGACCUACUCGUCAUCUGACGUAAUGUGGAUAUUGGAUGUACACACAGUAGGCACACAACUGGCCAAAAUUUCAUCACCAUAUGUUACGAUGUACCCGCCAUUUUGUUAUUAAUUUUAUUGUUGAAUUGUUACUAAUCCGCAAUACAUUGCACUAGGUAAGAAAUCCUCAAACUAUAUAAUUUCUAGAAAUAUCUCUUAUAUAUGUUAUAAAAAAGUUAUUGUUGUUGAUUAUGUACAUAGCAAAUUAUAUGUAUAGGUAUUGACUUGUAUGAACUUUAUAUGAAAGACACAAA